UCGGGCUGCACGCAGCAGCGGCAGAGAAGGCAGCAGCUUUGCCCUCGGGGCUCUUAUCCCCCCUCCUCCUCCUCCUCCUCCUGGUCCUCCUUCGUCUUCGACCAUAACUAACAACCUGGAUGAGGCCAAUUACUUGGACUUAAUCUCUCAUAACGUCUCCUUUCCGAUCGACUGAUGUGGAGUGAGUUAAGCGAUGGCUGGGGAGAUCCGAGUCCGCGGGGUGCGAGAGGUGUCUGCUUGAGAUUAAGAGACACUUUGAUUUGGCUGCAGAGCGGAUUCGGGAGAAAUUGAUCCGGCGGACACCACCAUGCACCGAGCAGAGGAUUUUACACUCAGAGAGCCACUGACUGUGUGUGAUGUAGGAUUAGUGUGACAGCCUGGUGUCUGAAGGAUUUUUUUUUUCUUUUUUAAUUUAUUUAUUUGGUCAGGAAUCUGCUUCCUCUCCGUUCGCUGUCCUCCGGGUUCCUGCAGAACUCCUGACUCGCGGAGAGCCCAUGCAGCCGCAAAGGGAGAGGAGCGAAGCGCGACCCCGAGCUGGAUGGAUGGUUAUGGGGGAAAGAGGAAGACCCUCGGCGCUUGACGUGUGCAGAGUCUUCGCUGUGUUUUUCGCUCUUUUCCCCUCCGCGAGUCUGCAGUGCAAGGUAAUCAAGUGCACCACUGAAUAUCUGGCGAUCACCUCAAACUCUGGACUCGAGCAGGAGGAGUACUGCACGGCUCUGCGGGCGUAUAAAAGCUGCGUGAGCCGACUGGCGCGGAGCUGCAGGGGCGACCUGGCCUAUCACUCCGUCCAGCAUGGCAUAGAGGACCUAAUGAACCAAAAGAACUGCUCCAGGGAGGGGCCGACAUUCCAGCCGCGAGCCAGAACCCCGCCUCCUCCUCCUCCACCUCCCCCGGUCGUGACCGACAGCCAGGAGCGUUCCGACGGGCCGGAGGUGUGUCACUAUGAGCGCAGUCUGACACGUAACUCGGCCCCGCCUAACUACACCCACUGUGGCUUCUUCGGAGACCCUCACCUCAGGACCUUCGGCGAUGACUUUCAGACGUGCAAGGUGGAAGGAGCCUGGCCUCUCAUCCAUAACAAAUUCCUGUCGGUCCAGGUGACCAACUCGCCUGUGCUUCCAGGAUCUGUGGCAACGGCCACCAGCAAGCUCACAAUCAUCUUCAGAAAUUACCAGGAAUGCGUUGAGCAGAAGAUGUACCACGCAGAGACGGACGACCUGCCGGCAGCGUUCGCUGACGGCUCUAAGAAUGGCGGCGACCGCUACGGGGCCAACACUCUGCGCGUGGUGGAGAAGGUUCCUGGGCAGCACGUGGAGAUCCAGGCCAAGUAUAUCGGCACAACCAUCGUGGUCCGGCAGGUGGGCCGCUACCUGACCUUCGCUGUGCGCAUGCCUGAGGAGGUUGCUCACUCGGUGGAGGAAGGCGACACCCAAGACCUGUAUUUGUGUCUCCACGGUUGUCCGGCCAAUCAGCGCAUUGACUUCCGGAACUUCAGAGCCCGGGCAGCGGAGGCGACUCAGGGUGCCAGUAGGACGAGGGGCAGCGCCGGGACAAACGGCUUCACCUUCAAGUCAGCAAAGGUCAAGUGCAAAGAGCGACUUCCAGUGGAAGAUCUGUACUUCCAGUCCUGUGUGUUUGACCUCCUCUCCUCUGGAGACAUUAAUUUCACCAUGGCGGCAUACUACGCUUUUGAGGAUGUAAAAAUGCUCCACUCAAACAGCAACAGAUAUCACAUCUAUGAAAAGGAUGCCCUAAACAGCGCGACAUGGGGAGGCAAAAAUGUACUUUUGGCUUCGGUCCUCAACCUGCUGGCCAUCUUACUGUGGAGCGCAGCUCUUCUGUAGAUUGUUUGACAUGCUCUCCUCAUGUCGUGUCUGUCAGUGAGUGUGGAAAUACAAUCGCUGUGUCGUAUAUAUUUGCCUCUCCAGCAGCUCAUUUUGGUGGUUUUGACAUCUGCCUGAUGACAGGAUGACGCUCACCACUCCCUCGCCCACCUGUCAUCACGUGCAUUUAGCUGCUUUUACUCUUUGAAGAGAGCCCAGAUCUCAGGAUGUCCACCUGGGAUUAAAACGUAUGACUAACCCCCAAGAUGAUCUUCUGCAGAAAGAGGGGUCUGCUGAUCCUCCCUCCUCUGAUCCACACAUCGGUGCCAGGUCCAUCCAUGGCUCAUGUGGCUGAGUAAGGGAUUGGAGUGGGUGGGGAUUGGGACCUAACAGGGGCUUUUGUUAACCUAAGGCCAGAGGCAGCUCCACGUUUGAUUAGUUUCCAGCUUUGGGAAAGGCUGAGAUUUUCGAAGGAAGCUCCCAGCCAAAAGGAUGUCAGAGCAACGUCUCCAGUUGUCUGCUGUGGAGAUUAAUGAGUCAUAUUGUUAGGUUUUGUAUGUGUGCGCGUGCGUGUGUGUGCAUUAGUACAAUGUGUGUGAAGAAUUCAGCAUCUGUGGUUAAUUUGGUGUGUUUGUAAGAGCAGGAUUUUCCAGACAUACAUAUAUAAAUAUAAAAGGAAAAGAAAUCUCCAGCGGGAAAUCUUUCUCAUGUCUUUGUGUUCCUCCCAGAAUAUUUUUGGAGAAAUAAAAGACAAAAUAGUCUCCUCCUGCCAAAUCACCAACUGGAAUCAAUAGAAACACGUCAUUUGUCAGUGACACACAGGCGUCCCCGCUAUUGUUUAAACUGACACACUGUUCGUUUUUUGAGCCUGUUGUGUGAAACCGGCAGAGAGAAGCAACUUUACUGGCGCUUUGGAGGAGGUCGAUCAACCGAUUGGACUGUGACAGCUCCGUUUCUAACAACAAUAUAGAUGGUGGCUGUUCAGCUCAGGAGACGUCACCUCUGUUUGGUUUUAAGCGUUUACAGACCGAGACUUGACUGAGUCACACCGGCUAAACAAUAAGCACGUCCUUAAAGGGGAAAAAAAGGUGAUCUCAUGGCUGAAGUUGUUGCCAAAGAACGCCUUCCUGUGCCAACGUUCGCCUCCUAACUGAAUUUUCAUCUCUCAACCUCAAGCUCUUUACAUUGCGGGAAUCUUCUUUGUAUAUAACUUGUGUUUGCCAUAAAGUGAGAAAAUACAGUUGCUUUUGUGUGUGUGUGUGUGUGUGUGUGUGUGUGUGUGUCAUGUCAAUACAUGCUUCUCGCUGGAAGACAUCUUUCAGCUGCAUCAUCUUCUCCAUGCUCUUACUACCUUUUCGACUUUACGGACGUUUAUCGUUUACCCCGAAAGUGUGCGGCAGGCCUUUCUCACUGCUGUUCUGAAAAUGCGUUCUAAAUACACUCCAACAACAAAAUAGUAGUGGUGUUAAACCGUGUGUCAAUGGAUGUAACUGUGUGUUUUACAGUAUCUGGUUCGACUCGUAUUCUGUGAGAAUUGUACAUAGGUUUUGUGCAUUGUUGUGUUUAGAUUUGUAUAUCACUCGUUGUGUUUUUGAAUUUAUCCCUUCAGAUUUUUACACAAUGUUUUUGGUGAAUGUGAGCCUCUAAUUCUUAAAAAAAAAAAAAAAAAAAAGGAUUUAAAAAUUAUUUUUCAGCAACACAAACGCCAUAGAAAGGUUUUCAAGACAGUACACAUGCUGACAAAAUGAGAAGAUCUCUUGUUUACCAUUAACGCAGCCCACCUUUCUGAAAAAGAGAAUGUAGGAAAAUGUUCUGUGGCGUUUGUGUGUGUGAGUUUGAUGCACUUUAUGUUUGUUUUUUUCUUUUAAUGCUGAUGCUUAAAAUGGAUUGUAAAAACUAGCUGACUGGGAAAGGCCAGAAAGAUCAAACUGUGUUCUAAUGUAAAUCUUAUGUGGUCCCACAUGCCAGCUGUUGAUAAUGUAAGUUAUUUAUUGAAUAAAAGACAAAGUCUUGUCAAUGA